UGCCCGCGCGCGCCCACUUUUAUUAGCCGUCUCCAUCCUCACACACAGUGAAGCCUCUGGCGCUCCCCCACUCGGAUUCGAUCGGAUUCUUUCUUCCUCGGCCGGCGUCCAGCGCGGGACGGAACGAGCCUCCAAAUGGCAGCCACGCGACGGCCGGCGUCGGGGGCGAAGCCCAGGGGUGGCGGCGGAGGCGCGGGGAGGAGGAGCGCGUGGCUGGCCGAGGACGGGAGCAAGCGCUGGGGGGAGGCAUUCUUCCUGCUCUACACGCCCUUCUGGCUCACGCUCUGCCUCGGCAUCAUCGUCCCCUUCAAGCUCUACGAGAGGUUCACGGAGCUGGAGUACCUUAUUCUCGGAUUGGUGUCCACCGUGCCGGCGUUCCUCAUCCCCCUCUUCCUCGUAGGGAAGGCAGAUAGUGUUAGAAGUUUGAAAGAUCGAUACUGGGUCAAGGCUAAUAUCUGGAUUAUAAUUUUUAGCUAUGUUGGUAACUACUUCUGGACACAUUACUUCUUCACGGUCCUUGGUGCUUCGUAUACUUUUCCAUCAUGGCGGAUGAAUAAUGUACCCCACACGACGUUUCUCCUGACUCAUGCUUGUUUCCUGUUCUAUCAUAUGGCGUCAAAUAUGACACUUCGCAGAUUACGUCACUCUAUAGCUCACUUACCACAGUCUAUUCGGUGGUUAUUUGAAGCCGCAUGGAUUUUGGCACUUUCAUACUUCAUAGCAUUCCUGGAGACCCUAGCCAUUGCAAAUUUCCCGUAUUAUGAAUUUGUGGAUCGGGAUAUAAUGUAUAAAAUAGGUUCAUUGUUCUACGCAAUAUACUUCAUUGUCAGUUUCCCAAUGUUUUCAAGGAUCGAUGAGAAAGAUGAGAAGUGGAACCUGUCCAGGGUAGCUGUUGACUCUUUGGGCGCGGCGAUGCUCGUUACGAUAAUACUGGACCUGUGGCGCAUAUUUUUGGGGCCAAUAGUGCCCAUCCCCGAGUCGAGGCAGUGCGGUCAGCCGGGGCUCGCGUGGUUCCAGCCGCAGAACUAAAGCAUCUGAUCCGGUGAAGCUGCAGGUAUCCUGUGUUUCCACGAACAUUAUUGGGGACUGAUAAAAUCCUCCUCUCCCUUUGAAGGCUGAGGCUGCGCCGGAGAGGCAUGAUGUGAAGUGUAGAGCGGCUGUGGCAUCGUGAAUAUUUGCGUGUUGUGAUCUUGUAAUGUUGUGUAUCAGGUCCAUGCCAUACUGUAAUAUGCAUGUAUCUGUAGUCUAUCUGUACGAGAUGUGUAGCUUCGCCAUCCCGUGGUCCGCAACAUUGCUGUAGAAACGAGAAUGAUACAUUUUUUUGGGGUUUUGUUUUGCAUUUCAUUAUUGCCAUCCAUUUGAUUGGAAUAAUAGUAAUAGCUAUCGUCAAGGGUGCAUUCUUUA